UGUACCUCCUGCUACCUGCGUGACUGUGGGCUAAUCACUUAGCCUCCGGGAGCCUCACUUCCUCCUCUGGGAAACAGUAGCAAUAACACCCCAUUCAUAGGACAGUCAUCCAACACGUGUUGAUUAGGCACCUGCUGUAUUCCAGGCACUGUUCUAGGUGCUGAAUACACACGACAGUGCACCCCAGCACACCCAGUCCAGUGCCUGGCACAUAGUAGCUCCUAAUUAAACAUUUGUUGAACGAAUGAUUGGAAAACAGGUCGGAGGGAGGGAGUACCAACAAUAAAUAAGUGGAUACAUAUUAUGUAUGUGUGCAUGUACAUAUAAUGAUAAACAUGAACAUAUAUCAAAUGUGAAAUGUAAUUACAAAGAAAGUAAGGUACCAGGAACGGAAAGAAUGGGACACAGUGGUAGAGCAGAUGAUGGGGCUCGGGGAGCAGGACAGGAGAGCAUCUGCUCAGAGAGCUCUCAGGGCAAGCAGGGCCUGACACAGGACUGAUGACCGAUGGACGGGGAGAGGUCCCGGUCCUACCGAGUGCCCUCUCCCUCCACCUCCCCCCAGCCCCUGUCCUUGCCGCUUGCAGGCAUCCAGCCUGCGCUCUGGAGCAGGGAGGACGUGCUGCACUGGCUGCGCUGGGCGGAGCAGGAGUACUCCCUGCAGCGCACCCGGGAGCACAGCUUCCAGAUGAACGGCCGCGCCCUCUGCAUCCUCACCAAGGACGACUUCCGGCACCGCGCCCCGGGUUCAGGUGACGUCCUGUACGAGCUGCUCCAGUACAUCCAGACCCAGCGGCGGGCCCUGGUGUGUGGGCCCUUUUUUGGAGGGGCCUUCAGGCAGAAGAUGCUCACCCAGCACCCCGCCGGGCCCCUGGAAGGGGAAGAGGGGACUGGGCCCUUUCGGGCGGGCCACCGAAGGGGCCUCCUACAGCAGCCACCACACCCAGGGCUUGCCAGCUCCUUCAGCCACCUGGAUGCCCCGGGCCUGGCCAGGUUGCCCCUUGGCAGGGAGGAGUCCCUCAGCUUAUCUCACUGUGCGGAGCUCGGCUGCAAGACCGAGGGGGUCUUCUCCUUCCCCACGAUGCCACAGGCCCCCAUGGACGGCAGGAUCGCCAACUGCCGGCUACUGUGGGAUUACGUGUAUCAGCUGCUCCUGGACACCAGGUAUGAGCCCUACAUCAGGUGGGAAGACAAGGACGCCAAGAUCUUUCGAGUUGUGGAUCCAAAUGGGCUCGCCAGACUCUGGGGAAACCACAAGGUGAACCUCAGUCAGCAGAACCGGGUGAACAUGACCUACGAGAAGAUGUCCCGUGCCCUGCGCCACUAUUAUAAGCUGAACAUCAUUAAGAAGGAGCCGGGGCAGAAACUCCUGUUCAGAUUUCUAAAGACUCCGGGAAGGAUGGUCCAGGACAAGGACAGCUGCUUGGAACGGCUGGAGAGCCAGGAGUUCAAGGACGAGAUGCCAGAAGUCUCUCUGUGAAGGGCAGGAGGACUCCCAUGAAGACAGUCUCCUUCCUCCUACCCGGGCAGUAGGGAUCCCCAGCGGGGCUUUGUACCCAUGGGACCGCAGCUGUCGUCUUGGGCCUCAGAGCUGCCUGGGGACCUGGGAGGGCUGGGACGCCUCACAUCCAGGACAGUGGAGGUAGAGGGUCAUCCUUUGGGUAGAAUGCCCUACCCCUUGGGACCUGCCCACCUCCGAGAGGAAGCCAGGCGUGGACAGGGCAUCCAGCCCAACACCUUCAGUUUGCAGAAGAAGGGAGUGGAGUGGGAGUGGGAAGGGAGUGGGCCUCAGAUUUCCUCAUCUGUAAAAGGGGCUCCUAAUAACCCACCCUCGGGGGCUGCUGCGUGAAGUGGGAGAAAGGUCAGUGCUCUGUCAGCCUUUGGAACAAUAACAACAUCUGUCGCUGAUGUUGCUCAAGUGCUUGCUACAUGCUGGGCCUUGUGCUGAGGGCCUCGCACAUGUUUUAUCGCACUUAGUUCACACACCAACCCCCUCAGGUUUAAAGACAAAGAAACUGAGGCAGAGGCUCGCAGAGCUGGCGUGUCCCUCCAAAACACAGCGCAGUGACCUGUUUUCCUUCAGCGCCUCUGAACGUAUCCGGGCAAUCCUCAGAUGGAGGCGCUGGCCCGCGCUCUCAGGCUUCACUUCUGCGCUCCUGUCCCUGCAUCUGCCGUGUGACCUUGGGCAAGAUGCUCUUCCUCUCUGGAGCCUCAGGCUUCUCUUCUGUAAAAUGGGGAUGCUCCUCCUGACCUGGCCUCACAGGGUUGCCGGGAAGCCCCAGUAAGGCGGUAUUCGCGCGGUGCAUGUACACGCCUGCUCUGCGGUAGCCAAGAACACUGCAAACCAAAAGCACCUGCGUCCCGUGGGUUCAGCUCCCUCCCCUGCCCCCCAACCCCAGCACCAAGUGGGGCCUGUGCCCUUGCAAUCCCCCAGGGAAGGACGGGGCAGAAAGAGCAGGGAGUGUUUUCACUGACUCGAAAACAGAACUUGGAUGCACAUCUUCUUCCUCGGAAGGAGGAAGCACCUCUGCCCCCACCCUCUGCAGGUCAGGAAACCCCCGUCUCCGUGGAGCCUGCGCUGGCCUGAGUCCCUGCACAGGAGAAGUUGACAAGGAUUCUUGGACUUUGGGACGCAAAGCUGUGACAGCUUAUGAGCAGGCAAACUCCUGGCUUGGUCCUGGCUGGGGCCACAGUACACACCCGAAGGGGCCAGGCAGGUGGCUUUGGAAACAAGGUUCGGUAGGAAAAUGCCCGGCCCUUUCACUUUCCCUCUGAGACUCCCAUCUCCUGACCUUGCUCCAGGGUGAAUCUGUGCGCCAGAGCUUUUCCCAUCACCUCCUCACCCCGGAACUGCACAGCUGGCCUGGGGGGACUGCUGAAAUCCACUUGUCCAGGCCCUCAUCCAUAGAUCCGGGCACUGCGGCCAGAGGAAGUGACUUGCCCAAGAUCACACAGCCCAGCCCAGCCUGGCCUCCGGGCUGCUGAUGUGCCCUCAUUUCUUCUUGUCUCAUCGUCCUCGUGGGUCCAAGAUAAAGAGGUUUAACGACAGGUUGGAUUCUUAGGCCACUUCUUCCAGUUACAACAGUGGCAUUUACUUGCUAGUGUGUCAAUGGCCGUCUACAGCUGCUCUCCCAGGGGCUAUGCCUUACCCCCGGGUGAUGGAUCUCACCCAGCGCUGGGACCGUCAGGGCCAGGAGUGGGCGUCUGGGAGGGCAGGCGUGGGCAGGUCCACCAGGCACAUCAGGGCCUUGUCUGGGGACGGCCCCCCGCAUGCCAGGAAUAGACGGAUUCAUUUGGGCCUUCCUUCCACAAGCACCAGUUGAGCACCUGCUCUGUACGUGGCACCAGGUGAUGCUCCAAGUUUACAUACAUUUUUCACACUGAGUCCUGAAAAAUGGAAGGUCCCUGAAAACUGCAUAUGUCAAAACAGACUUUCUCAUAAAGAAUUUUUUUUUGAGACAGUCUCGCUCUAUCACCCUGAGUAGGGUGUGUCAUCAUAGCUCACAGUGACC